AUGAGCAUAGAGACGCUACUGGAGGCGGCCCGCUUCCUGGAAUGGCAAGCGCAGCAACAACAGAGAGCACGUGAGGAACAGGAGAGGCUUCGCCUGGAGCGGGAGAGGGAACAGGAGCAGAAGAAGGCCAGCAGUCUGGCGCGGCUGGCCCACACCAUGCCAGUGGAGGAGCCCCGCACUGAGGCACCGCCCUUGCCUCUGUCACCACCGGCCCCUCCGCCGGCCCCCCCGCCACCACUGGCCACCCCCACCCCACUGACUGUCAUUCCUAUUCCAGUAGUGACCAACUCCCCUCAGCCUCUGCCCCCACCCCCGCCACUACCCCCCACGGCCCAGCCUCUGCCCCUGGCGCCUCGCCAGCCAGCCCUGGUCAGCACCCCUGGACUCAGCAUUAAGGAGCCUGCCCCCCUUCCCACCAGGCCGCAGGUGCCCACUCCUGCUCCUCUCCUGCCGGACUCCAAGGCCACCGUUCCGCCCACUGGCAGCCCCAAGCCCUUGCAGCCCCUGCCCACCCCCAUCCUGACCAUUGCGCCACACCCCGGAGUCCAGCCCCAGCUGGCUCCCCCACAGCCACCUCCAUCCACGCUUGGGACCCUGAAGCUGGCACCCGCUGAAGAAGUCAAAUCCAGUGAACAGAAGAAGAGGCCUGGGGGAAUCGGAACCAGAGAAGUCCACAACAAGCUGGAGAAGAACAGGAGGGCCCAUCUCAAGGAAUGCUUUGAGACCCUGAAGCGCAACAUCCCCAACGUGGACGACAAGAAGACAUCGAAUCUGAGCGUGUUGCGGACGGCGCUGCGGUACAUUCAGUCCCUGAAGAGGAAGGAGAAAGAAUACGAGCAUGAGAUGGAGCGGCUGGCGCGGGAGAAGAUUGCCACACAGCAGCGGCUGGCGGAGCUCAAGCACGAGCUGAGUCAGUGGAUGGACGUUCUGGAGAUCGACCGCGUGCUCCGGCAGACGGGCCAGCCUGAGGACGACCAGGCCUCCACCUCCACAGCUUCUGAGGGUGAGGACAACAUAGACGAGGACAUGGAGGACCAGGCUGGCCUGGGUCCACAUAAGCUGAGCCAUCGCCCCCACCUGGAGCUGCCGAAGCCACCGCCCAGCACGGCCCCCGCGCCUCUGCCUCCGCACCCACACCCGCACGCCCAGCCUGUGGCCCUGUCUCCUGCCCACCUCCCUGGGCAGCAGCCCCCGCCACAGCAGAAGACACCUCUGCCGGCCCCUCCGCCCCCACCAGCGGCCCCGGCCCAAACGCUGGUGCCCGCCCCGGCCCAUCUCGUGGCGGCCGGGGGAGGGUCCACGGUCAUUGCCCACACCGCCACCACCCACGCCUCAGUCAUCCAGACUGUGAACCACGUUCUCCAGGGGCCGGGGGGCAAGCACAUCGCCCACAUAGCGCCCUCGGCCCCCAGCCCUGCUGUGCAGCUGGCCCCGGCCACGCCCCCCAUCAGCCACAUCACGGUGCACCCUGCCACCCUCAACCACGUGGCCCACCUUGGCUCCCAGCUGCCCUUGUACCCGCAGCCCGUGGCAGUGAGCCAGCCGGUGGCUGUGAGCCACAUCGCCCACACCCUCUCACACCAGCAAGUGAAUGGCACAGCCGGGCUGGGGCCCCCGGCCACAGUCAUGGCAAAGCCAGCCGUGGGGGCUCAGGUGGUGCACCACCCCCAGCUGGUGGGCCAGACAGUGCUCAACCCUGUCACCAUGGUCACCAUGCCCUCCUUCCCGGUCAGCACACUCAAGCUGGCUUGA